AUGUCUCUCCAACAAUCGUCCCAAUUACUGCGGCCCCUUUGCCGGUCGUGUGCUCGCAGUCCGUCUUUCCUCCUCCCCUCCCCAACCAGAUCAGUGACAACCAUUUCAACCAACCGCUCAGCAACACGACCCUACACGAUCUCCGCAUCGCGUCAAGGCAAAUACAUUCAAACAUCCCCCGCCGCCGAAAAAAAGAGCAGCGGCUAUGGCAAAAUCCUCGGCCCACAGAUCCCCUACGAGGAAUGGCUUAAAAAUUACCGCGAAGUCAAAGCCAAACUCGAAAUGAGCUACAUGCAAAUGUGCGCUUCCGCCCAUGUCAGAGAAAUGAUCGACCCCAGUAUCACGCCCAAGAUAUUCCUCGAAAUUGGCAGAAGACUUAUAGACCAAGCAUACCAUUCCAAGGCCAUCGCCGAUUCUCUCAAAAAUAUAUGGAAAGGACACCCUUGCAGAAUAUACGAGGUUGCGUUCGCAAUCCGUAAUAGUGGUCCAGGGCUGCCGUACCAGCAUGUGUUACACUGGACCAUGAAGGCCACUUCAGACGCUGGGCUUGUUGAGACAUUGGGCGUCAUAGUUUCUGCUCAAAUCAAGAAAAAAGGAGCCAUGCUACCCAAUUCACGUGAAAUUGAAAUGAUCAAAAAAAUCGCCUACGAAACGGAUGAUCCCAAGGCUCUCAGUGUUUGGGCAGACGUUGCGCGAAUAUGGGGACAGACAGAAGAGGCUCUCACCAUAUUCCAGCAUCUCAAUAAGAUGGUUUAUCCAUCCGAGCGACGCCCCAUGUUUACUGAUGAUAUCUCAUAUGGGGGACUUAUCAAACCGCCGUGGAGUGCAAUGUUCGACAUCUAUCAUAAGUCCGAAAGGUUCGACGAAGCGAACGAAAUGCUGAAAAUCGGUGCCCUCCACUAUCGCGACCCGCAAGCACUCGUCUCUUACGCUUUUAUCCGAAAGGAGAAAGAUGAUUGGGAAGCGUACGAGCAAUGCUUAGUGGCGGCCGCGAUGUCAGGUCAUGGCGAUGCCUGUUUCCGAUUGGGGAAUUACUACUAUCUUAUUUCCAAGGACGAGAUACCUUCCAGAGACCAAAGAUUAGCUGAAAGACAUCGUUUCCGAGCUUGGGUAGCUAAAAUUUUUGGAUACGCCUAUAAGAAAGAGGAUUGGCGUCGCUUAGCCUCGAAUUGGUAUGAAAUGGCGAGUGCGCAUGGCAUCUCCGAAGGAGCGAGAAAUUUGGCGGUCUUGAAGCGUGAAGAUGGUCAUCCGAAUGCUUGGGAGCUCAUGGAGCAGUUGAGGUCUGAUCCGCGAUUGUGGAAAAGUAAGAACGUUAUCAAGUUGAGGGAUCAGUGGGAUAAUCCCAAGUUUAAACCUACGUUGCCUAAGGCAUGGCUUGAGUUGUAG